CUUGUUGACUUCUUGCAUUCACCCGCCCGCCCGCUGUCCGGCCCAUUACAAAGCUUCAUGCGACGACAGAUAUCUGCCAAGAAAGCGUUCGAUGGACCCCACUAGUCAAAAACGCUUUAGCCAAGUUUCGAUCAAAGCGUCUCUUCGUCAACGAAGCACAUCAAUUUGUUGCGCACUCGGAACCUCCAGGUAGACGGGUGAUCAGCAGAUCAUCACACACAAUGUCAAGUACACAGCUCGUAGCAACUACGUUGGAGUGUCUACACGGGAUCAGCCGUAGAGGCUCUGAAGACGCCACCAUUCUGCUAGUACUCUUUUCAUUCCUCUCCUUAGGUGAGGAAGUGCCCAGAGAUCUUCUCGUCCGUGGAGCGACACCCCGCAGUCGCUGGACUAUGCAAGGCGAAAUGGAGCACAUCGACGCGUCGACCUGUGACCUCUCUUCGGACUUGUCGAGUCUGCUUUCCGAUCCUUCGAGGACUGAAAAUGCUCUUCGCACAUCGGAGUGUUCCAUGGACCAAGAGUUUGCGUGUCGCAUCCAUGAAGCCUUGUCUGAAGAGCAGACUGAUUUUUGGAGACGUCAAGCUUUAAUCGUCGCAUAUAGAGCGAUCCAUUGGAAGUAUCUCGAACCUUCCGUUCAGAGCAUCGAACUGUUCGUUCCACACCUCAAACAUGCCGUGCAAGCAUUUGAUGGUAGCUUUGAGUGCCUGCCAGAGAGCACCCGAGUCGACCUUGCCCUCACUCUUAUCGAAUCCUUUCGAUUUCCGACUAUGGAGUGGAAAAGAUUCGCAGUCAUUCAAGCGAAAGCAGCGGCCCGUGGGCUCAACCAUUCGUAUCUGAACUCUUGCAUUGCACAAUCACAAUGCAUCUUGGAUCGACUUGCUGGCAACAUCGACAAGGCUGUCGACGGUCUUCGGCAUGCUGUGCAGUAUAACACAUCGCCCAAUGUGCCGAGACAGAUGCACUCUGUAGCCGGCCAAAUAGCCAUUCAGCAGUGCCUGAACUUCAUCCAGGUGGAAAACAUCUCAACUGCUCAGCAAACACUAGAGGAUUGGGAACCCAUUAACCCCCCAUCCCUAAUGGAAGACACUGUGCUUCUUCGAAAGCAAAUAAUGCUUGGGAAGAGUUUGCGCUACCAAGGCAGAUUUGAAGAAUCGCGGAUAAGUCUCGAGAAAGCGUUCAGAAUAGUCAAUAAGCGCGGCGUCGACACCUUUGAUGAGGAUCUGAGCGACCUUACAUGUGAGAUGGCAGACACGCUACGGGAGCUUCACGAAACAGGCUCUGCAGAAGACUAUCUCCGGAUUGAGAUGACACGGCGAGAGCACAGCAGCCUCCCGACUCGAGGCUUGUCUGCCCUGCAACUAUCUCUCGCGGAGGUCAUGUUUGUCCAAGGACGAUUCGAAGAAGCAGUUGAGAUUUGUCUCGAGAUUUCUCACAUCCAGUCCAACUUCAACGAGGCUAUGUGCUUUUGGAACAUAGCGUUGCAAACAAUCCACAAGUUGCCCAGGACUAAUGGCCGUACGACCCGUUCGAUUGUCUCCUCCAUUUCCCGUUGUUUGUAUCAACUGGGCCAUCUUGAGAUAAUGCAGUCGUCUCUUAAGCAGGUUCAGACCCUAGAUGAAUUAGCAAAACCUGAUAGUGUCCAACACUGGAUUGCAGGCACGCAGGAUUGGUUGGGUUGGUUGGAUAGGUCGGAUACUGAUGAGCGUAGCCGUUUGUAG